AUGAUCACCUUCGUUCUCUAUCGAUACACUCCUUCAAUUCCUGCGGCGGCGGUUUCAGGCGCCGUCUUCCUGGCACUGGCUGUGCUCCAUGGAAUCUUCAUCCUCCGCCAUCGCGCAAUGUUUUUCACGGCAUUUUUCAUUGGUCUUCUGCUCGAGGCAGCUGGCUAUUUCGCCCGAAUCUUCUCGCAUUUCGACACCACCGCCUUGGGGCCCUACAUCGUUCAGACAAUGCUCAUCCUGGUCGCUCCGCCUCUGUUCGCGGCCUCGAUUUACAUGACUUUGGGAAGACUGAUUGUCCGGCUUGGUGCCGAAAACGAAUCGCUCAUUCCUGUCAAGUACCUGACCAAGAUCUUCGUAGCCGGAGACGUGAUUUCAUUCGUUCUGCAGUGCGGUGGUGGUGGAUACAUGGCAGCAGGCUCGCUGGAAGCCAUGGAGAACGGCGAAACCAUUGUCAUCGCCGGUCUCGCGGUGCAACUUUUCAUCUUUGGUGUUUUUGUCCUGGUGGCUGCUGUAUUCCACUACCGCGUUCGCAAACUUGGUACCUACACCCCUCUGACAACCUUCCCGGCGUCAUGGCGCACCUCGUGGGAGUACAUGCUCUAUGCCAUGUAUGCUGCGUGUCUCUUGAUCUUCGUCCGCUCGAUCUUCCGUGUCGUGGAGUUUGUGCAGGGUAACGCGGGAUACAUCAUGGAGCGGGAGUACCUGCUGUAUAUCUUCGACGCCAUCCUCAUGGCUGUGCAGGCGGUCUUCCUCCUCCUCGUGUAUCCUGGAAAGGUGUUGAAUGAGAUCCACGGGGGAGGUCGCGCCCGAUUGAAUUCGGACCGCGCAGACUCGUCCGAGGUCUUUCUGCAACCGGUGAAGGCGCCGUCGCUGGUUGGGCGAGAACGCCAACGACACCGCGUGAGCCACCGCAAGUCGCGCAAUGGCUGCUAUACCUGUAAAGCUCGACGGGUCAAGUGUGACGAACUGAAACCGACUUGUGGAGCCUGUUCAUUCAGGGAAGCGCCUUGCGUGUAUCCCAGAGCCACUUCCCCUGUGCGGCCGAAGCUCCGCGCUCGCAGGGACCCGGACGCAAUCCUUCGGGCUGGGUCUUCAACGGGCGACAGCAGGAAGUCGGUCGAGUCGUCGCAAGAUGCACCAUCUGAAUCCGUCUCUCCCCGUCCGUUGGACUUCCUCGCCGGCCUUUCCGUCGCGCCGACAUCUGGCGGGCCCAGGGAGAAUCUGCCGCUCAACAUGGUGGACCUCCGUCUGCUCUCGCAUUUUGUCACGAAUACCACGAAACGAAUGUCGCUGAAUCCGAGCAAACGGCGCGUCUGGGAGACCGUGUUUCCGGAGUACGCGAACGUGAUCUUUGCGCAUCAUCAGAUUGGUCUGGGCGGGUUCCGGAAGGCACUAUCCAGCCUGUCAACGUCCAACUGCGGUGAGAUCUUCGUUGGCGCAAUGCUCCUGGUCGGUUUCGCCUUCGGCUCGCUUCGAGUACGAAACAGGAGCGACGUUCUCUCGGCGUCCUUCCAAUCCCCAGAAUGCCCGCAGCAGCUUCACCCGCGAUUCGAUUGGAUCGUCCUCAUCCGCGGACUGAUUUCCGUCAUCGCAAAGUACUGGCCCCAGCUGAGAAUGAGCCCGAUGAAAGACCUGCUCCACUUCGCCCACAGGACCGAUGAUUAUCAGAUGUACCCGGUGGAAAUGUUCACCACCAUCACUCCCCCUCACCCCGAGACAUGGUCUCCGCGGAUUGCGAGAUUCUGCGCGGGCGCAUACAAAGCCCUGCAAGACCUGAAGUCCUACGCUGCGUCUCUAGGAGCCCGCCAUAGCACCCAUGACGCUGCUCGUCCCACCGAUCCGACUCAACCCGGGGAGCAGACGCGACUGGAUCACAUCCUCAGCGAACAGAACGAUACUCUCGGUGUCUUGGAGCAAACCUUCAUGCGCAUCAUGUACGUGGCGCAGAUGACUCGCAGGCCCGACGCAUCCACCCGAGACACGCAGGCUGACCUCGAAGACGCGGCCGUCAUGGCUUGGCCUGAACUGAUCCCGGCGGGAUUCUUGACAUCGAUAGAACGACCCGGUGGAGGGGCCGAUUUCUCAUACGUGAUUGUCGCGCACCUGUAUCUCACGUUCACGCUCUUCGAGGAUUACUGGUAUUUGAAGGGGGCGUUUGAGGAAGACAUCAUGAAGAUUAAUAUGCUCGUUGCGUGCUCGGAGGAAGAUGAAUUGAAGUCGUUGAUGGAGUGGCCUCUGGCAGUCAUUCUUUGUUGA